GUGUUUCUCUAUUUCUUCUCCCUUUUACUGUUUUUUUUUUUUUACCAAAGACCCCAACCGUUAACAACAAUGAUCGCGCGACGGAUCUGGCGGAGCCACCGGUUUCUCCGCCCAUUCAGCUCGUCAUCUGUUUGCUCUCCGCCGUUCCGGGUACCGGAGUAUCUUUCUCAGUCGUCUUCCUCUCCGGCGUCGCGCCCAUUCUUUGUUCACCCUCCCACUUUGAUGAAAUGGUGUGGAGGAAGUAGAAGCUGGUUUUCUAACGAAGCCAUGGCCAUUGAUUCAAAUUCAGGGUUAAUUGAUGUGCCACUAGCACAAACUGGGGAAGGUAUUGCUGAAUGUGAGCUUCUCAAGUGGUUUGUCAAUGAGGGAGAUCCGGUAGAAGAGUUUCAGCCACUCUGUGAAGUUCAGAGCGAUAAAGCAACAAUAGAGAUCACAAGUCGUUUUAAGGGCAAAGUGGCUCUGAUUUCACAUUCUCCAGGUGACAUUAUUAAGGUUGGAGAGACUCUGGUUAGGCUGGCGGUUGAAGACUCGCAGGAUUCGCUUCUUCUAACCUCUGAUAGUUCAGAAAUUAUAAAUCUGGGCGGUUCAAAGCAGAGAACAGACAAUCUUGUUGGAGCUCUCUCAACGCCUGCGGUUCGUAACCUUGCAAAAGACCUUGGCAUAGAUAUCAAUGUUAUAACUGGAACUGGUAAAGAUGGAAGAGUUUUGAAAGAAGAUGUUCUCCGGUUUAGUGACCAGAAAGGAUUUGUAACAGAUUCAGUUUCUUCUGAGCAUGCUGUUAUAGGAGGAGACUCGGUUUCCACUAAAGCUAGUGACUUUGAAGAUAAAAAAGUUCCUCUAAGGGGAUUCAGCCGAGCAAUGGUCAAGACAAUGACUAUGGCUACAAGUGUACCACAUUUUCAUUUCGUUGAAGAGAUAAACUGCGACGCACUUGUGGAGCUCAAGCAAUUCUUUAAACAGAACAAUACAGAUUCCACCAUCAAACACACUUUCCUUCCUACUUUAAUCAAGUCACUGUCAAUGGCUCUAACCAAAUACCCCUUUGUGAAUAGUUGCUUCAACGCAGAAUCUCUCGAGAUCAUUCUCAAAGGUUCACAUAACAUUGGAGUUGCAAUGGCCACUGAACAUGGCCUUGUCGUUCCUAAUAUAAAGAAUGUUCAGUCAUUAUCUCUACUAGAGAUAACCAAAGAGCUGUCGCGGUUACAACAUUUGGCAACAAACAACAAACUUAACCCCGAGGAUGUAACGGGUGGAACCAUAACUCUGAGUAACAUUGGAGCAAUCGGUGGGAAAUUCGGAUCCCCUCUUUUAAACUUACCCGAAGUUGCAAUCAUCGCUCUUGGAAGAAUCGAGAAAGUUCCAAAAUUCUCAAAAGAAGGAACUGUUUAUCCUGCAUCAAUAAUGAUGGUUAACAUUGCUGCGGAUCAUAGAGUUCUAGACGGAGCAACAGUAGCUCGGUUUUGCUGCCAGUGGAAAGAGUAUAUCGAGAAACCGGAGUUGCUGAUGCUUCAAAUGAGAUAAGAAGGAAAGGUUCAUGUCUCUUGGUGAAUCAUUAUGUAUGAAACCUUCAUGUUCGAAUAAGAUCAAGAACUGAGCUAGCAGUUGUAAACUAAACAAGAAAAUAAAAGUCAUAUCUAAAA